AUGCUGGGGUCCGUAGCGCGGACCCUGGAGGUGCUACCUCUGGGGGUGUUGGAGUUGGAGCUGAGAGUGUGCCUGCACGAGGUCCUGGUGCUGGGGGUGCUGGAGUUGAAGUUGAGCCCGUGUGUGCAGGAGGUUCUAGCCUCUCUUCGGGGAGCUGGUGUUAGUCGAGCUGUCUCUGGGGGUGCUACGAUUGGAGGUGCGGGUGCGCCCUCUGCUGGACCUGGAGAUCCUGGGACUGGCCGCGUUGCUGCUGAUGGUACUGGCUCUGAGGGUGGUGCGUCUGGUGCUUUGGGGAGCGGUCAAGGGGCUACCGCCGACCCGGACACUACUCCUCCCCCCCACCCCUACCCCACCCAGCACUAUGCCCGCCUUCGCCGUGCACCAGCUACAGCAGCUGGAGGAGCAGCAGGAGCAGCAGCAACCAUCAUGGCAGGAACAACAGGAGCAGCAGGAGCAGCAGUAGCCACAGUAGGAGCAAGAGCCGCAGCAGCAGGAGGAGGAGCCGCAGCCACCGGAGCAGGAGCAGCAGCAGCCGUAGCAGCAGUGGUCGCAGCAGCCGGAGCAGCAGCAAAAGCGGCCGCCUAUGCCUCCUGUCUCUGGCCUUUGGGCCCUUGGUCUCCCCUCCCCUUCCUCCCUCCUCCCCCUCUCCUCCUGUCUACGGUCCCACGUUUCCUCCUCUUGACUCCACCCCGACUGUUUUCCCUCGUUCUCAGCCUCCGUUGUCCCCUCCUCUUUCUCACACUUGGGCUUCUCGCUCUCCUCUCGGCCCUUACUGCUUCCCUCUCUACUCUUGUCACUGACUACUACCGCACGUAUUGUCUUGUUCUCUCUCGUGUUCUCGCCUCUCUUGUUACAGACCCUCGUGCCUCCCUUUCCUCCGUCUCCGCCCUUACUGUCACUGUCACUGAGUUCGCCACUACUCGCCGCCUUGACUACGCCACUCGUGUCGUGGAUGCUCCUCCUACCCGUCCUCUGGCUUUCGGGGGUGAGUCUGCCCUUGGCUGUGACGCCCUAGAGGACAGGCAGAUUGAGCUAGGGUUCCUGGCAUCCGCUUCCCCUUCAUGUCUGUGCCUUGGGCCUUGGGCCUCUCAGUGGAGAGCUGCCAUGGACGCAAAGAUGGCCUCCUACAGAUCCACAGGCACCUACGUUAACAAGGUUUCCCCUCCGGGGGCGAACGUAGUUGUUGGCAUGUGGAUCUUCAAUGUGAAGCGGCCACCGGAAUCGCCUCCGUUCUUCAAGGCGCGUUAUGUGGCUAGAGGUUUCAGUCAGCACGAGGGAGUUGACUUCUUUCCAGCCUUCGCGCCUUCUCCAAAGAUGACCACUCUGUGUGUGUUACUUCAAGUGGCAGCACAGUGA